AUGUCCACCAACAUGCCAGAUCGAACCAAGGAUAAAGGUCAUCAGAAAGACCCAAAAGCGAUCAAACCUUCCGAUGAUACAAACCAAUGGCCUGCUGGUGCACAAGUUUUGCGAGAGGGACUGAGAGAGAUGAAUGAGGAGCAAGAGAGGCUGGAGCAACUGGAGCUGGAUACUUCUAAUGAGAUACCGAUCAGCGAAAUCCAGGCUCGUAGGCGGUCAUGGUAUAGGAGAAAGAUCGCAUAUGUAGAGGCAAUACAAGAUGCACUGCUUAGACGGAAACAAGACCCCAAAUCUACCAAAGCUGAAGAGGAAACACGAUUGAAAAAGGCUCACCAGGCUCACACAGAUCUCAUGCUACAACUUUAUGUAAAGGAGAAGAAGAGAUCCAGCACUCAGCAGACGGAGUUUAGAAACGGUUUAAUAGAUUUCUACGGAGUGAAGCGUCAGGGACUCGAUGAAGAAGAGAUCUGGUGUGUAGUCAGUCACUCGUGGGGCAAGUCGAACCAACGUAUUGCCGCGCACAUUAUGCCAGCAAGGUUGCAAGAUACCCAGAUGAAACACAUCUUUGGGAACGAGGCGAGCGAUGAGUUGUUUUCCGUAAGGAACGGAUUAAUGUUGGAGAGGCAAAUCGAAUCAUGCUUCGAUAAUUUCCAGUUAGCAAUCGUACCGUGCUUAGGGGAUCAGAAUUCUUGGGAGCUGAGAGUUUUGGACAAGCAUCUUCUCAAAGUGGUCCAUACAUUUACAAACACUCUGUUCGAAAAGCUGCAUGGUCAGAAGUUAAAGUUCUUGAAUGAGAAUCGCCCUCGGAAGCGUUAUCUUUAUUAUCACUGGCUAGUUUGCAUAUCAAUAGCUGGUCGUAUGAAAAUGAACAUGCCGAGGAUCAAGGAUGAGAAGGAGAGAUUUACCCAAUGUUGGGGUACUCCUGGACGAUACUUACGCGAGGAAAUGAUUGCAGCACUUAUUGGGUACGUUGGGCACAAGGUUCCUACCAAGAAACGUCUUCGACAAAUUAAGAACGGGGAAAUCUAUGAGGAGGACGAGGACGAGGAAGAGGAAGACGAGGACGAGGAGGAGGACGAGGAGGACGAGGAGGAGGAUGAUAGUGAUGAGGAGGAGGAUGGUAGCCAGAAUUAG